UGAAGAUGAUGAUGAGCGCACUCAGAAUUUCAUGAAUUACCAUACGCUUGCUAGCUAGAUUUGAUCAUCAAUUGGAAGGGACAACUCAUUGUCUACUGGUUCAAUGCCUAAUUUGGUUGCCAUGUUGGAAAUUCUGGUCGCAUUCUCCAUUUUGUGCGUGGCAGCAGUGAGAUCUUCAGAUCCUCAGCUUUUCAAUGUGCUCAGCUACGGAGCUAUAGGAGAUGGGGCUUUUGGAAAAGCAUGGGACGACUUAUGUGGAUCGACAUCAAACUACGUCGUUCUGCAAAUACCAAAUGGGAAGAGCUUUUUCCUUGAGCCCGUAAAUUUUAAGGGUCCAUGUAAACCAUCUCACCUUCAAGUACAGAUUGAUGGAAAUCUUACUGCCCCCACAAAACCUGGGGACGAUAAUGAAGGAAUUCAGAAUUGGAUCCAGUUUGUUAGCUUGGAAGGGCUCGUUGUGAAUGGAAGUGGCUCGAUUAAUGGUCAAGGGUUCGCAUGGCCGCCCCAUUGCAAAAGACCCACCGCAUUGGUAUUUCAUAACUGCAACAAUUUGCAAAUUUUGGGGUUGCAAUCCUUCAACAGCCCAAGAAACCAUAUAUCCAUAUCUAGUUGUAACUACGUAAGACUAUCCAAUGUCUACCUUUCUGCCCCUGAAACCAGUCCGAACACCGAUGGGAUAGACAUUUCUGAGUCGACCAAUAUUCGGAUCCAAGAAAGCGUUAUCAGCACUGGUGACGAUUGUGUUGCCAUCAAUAGUGGUUCAUCAAACAUCAACAUAAUAAGGAUAACAUGCGGUCCGGGUCAUGGUAUAAGCAUCGGAAGCUUAGGACACCAUGAAUCAUACGCCACAGUCGAGGACGUACAUGUCUCUAGCUGCACCUUUAUUGGAACUCAGAAUGGAGCCAGGAUCAAGACCUGGCAGGGUGGUUCUGGCUAUGCAAGGAACAUCACAUUUAAGGACAUAAUUCUUGAAUCAGUGAACCGUUCCAUCAUUAUCGACCAAUUUUACUGUCCCCACAAAACAUGUCCGUCCGAGAGGAUGGCAGUGAAGAUUAGCAGUGUCAGGUUCGCAGGAUUUUACGGAACGUCACUUGACAGAAGGGCCAUUAGUCUAAAUUGCAGCCAAACCAUCGGAUGCACCAACAUCAAUCUAGACAAUGUCAACAUAACUGCUGCAACUCCCAGUGAGAAGCCCUAUGCCUCCUGCAUCAAUGCUCAUGGAAUGGCUUACAAUACCAGUCCACCAGUCCCAUGUUUAAUCCACUGAAGUGAUCUGCAUCCCCCGGGCAUGCAUGCCAUGGCCGUCUAAUUGACUAUCCAUUAUUGAGUAAGAUGCCAUGAAAACUUGGUGAAAGUUAAUUAGUUUCAGUUUCAGCAGUAACAAUAAGUUAGCUGUGAUGAGUUCUCAAUGUAAUUCUUACUCCCUUGCUCGAUCAUUAUUACAGCUAUGGCUGCAUAGUAUCCAAUAUAAAUCUCAUUCACAAAAGAUCAAGUUCACUAG